UUCGCUGGGGUGCAGCGCAGAAGCUUGCAACAUUGCUGAGUUCAGGGUGCCGCUCUCUUCGCUGGGGUGCAGCGCAGAAGCUUGCAACAUUGCUGAGUUCAGGCAGCGCCGUGCAUCGCUGGAGUGCAGCGCAGAAGCUUGCAACAUUGCUGAAUUAAGGGAGAGGCGUGCAUCGCUGGCGUGCAUUGGCGAAGAUUGCAAUAUUGCUGAGUUGAAGGAGCGCGGCGCCCUGCAGCGCCGUGCAUCGCUGGUGUGCAUCACAGACGCUUGCAACAUUGGCGAACCGAAGGAUCGGCGUGCAUCGCUGGCUUGCAGCGCAGAAACUUGGAGCAUUGCUGACUUCAGACAGCGGUGUGCAUCGUUGGCGUGCAUCGCCGAAGGUUGCAGCAUUGCUGAGUUGAGGGACCGCUGCGCGUCGCUGGGGGGCAGCGCUGAAGGUUGCAACGUUGCUGACUUCAGACAGCGGUGUGCUUCGCUCGCGUGCAUUGCUGAAGAUUGCAGCAUUGGCGAGCCAAGGGAGCGCCGUCCAUCGCUGGCGUCCAUCUCUGAAGGUUACAACAUUAGUGAGGCGAGGGAGCGCCGUGCGUUGCUGGCUUGCGGCGCAGAAUCUUGCAACAUUGGUGAGCCGAGGGAGCGGCGCGCCCCGCCGCCGGGCUUGCAGCUACCCCCAAUGGAGGAGAUGGAGGAAGAGCUGAAAUGCCCGGUGUGCGGGGCUCUAUUCCGGGAGCCCAUCAUCCUGCCCUGCUCGCACAACCUGUGCCUGGCCUGCGCCCGCAACAUCCUGGUGCAGACGCCCGAGGCCGAGUCCCCGCAGAGCCGAGCCUCGGCUGCCGACUACGACUACCUGGACCUGGACAAGAUGAGCCUUUACAGCGAGGCGGACAGCGGCUACGGCUCAUACGCCGGCUUCACCAGCGCGCCCGCCACGCCGUGCCAGAGGUCCCCGAACGGGGUGCGGGUUUUCCCACCGCCGCUGGCCGCCCGCAACUCGUGCAUCACAUGCCCGCAGUGCCACCGCAGCCUGAUCCUGGACGAGCGGGGGCUUCGCGGCUUCCCCCGCAACCGUGUGCUGGAGGGCAUCAUCGACCGCUACCAGCAGGGCCGGGCUGUGGCCCUCCGCUGCCAACUGUGCGAGAAGGCACCCCGGGAGGCCACUGUCAUGUGCGAGCAGUGCGAUGUCUUCUACUGCGAGGCAUGCCGCCUGCGCUGCCACCCUCCCCGCGGGCCUCUGCUCAAGCACCGCCUGCUGCCGCCCGCCCAGGGCCGCAUCUGCAGGCGCCUCAGCCCCCGCAAGAUCUCCACCUGCACCGACCACGAGCUGGAGAACCACAGCAUGUACUGCGUCCACUGCAAGGCGCCCGUCUGCUACCAGUGUCUGGAGGAGGGCAAGCACGACAGCCACGAGGUGAAAGCGCUCGGGGCCAUGUGGAAGCUGCACAAGAAUCAGCUCUCUCAAGCAUUGAAUGGAUUGUCAGAGAAGGCAAAAGAAGCUAAAGAAUUCUUGGCACUACUAAGGAACAUGGUGCAGCAAAUCCAGGAGAACAGCGUAGAGUUUGAAGCCUGCCUUGUUGCUCAGUGUGAUGCUCUCAUCGAAGCUCUGAACAGAAGGAAGGGACAGUUGCUUUCACGAGUGACCAAAGAACAUGAGCACAAACUGAAGGUGGUCAGAGAUCAAAUCAGCCAUUGCACCGUCAAGCUGCGCCAAACAACUGGUCUGAUGGAAUACUGCCUGGAAGUAAUUAAAGAGAAUGAUCCCAGUGGUUUCUUACAGAUUUCAGAUGCUUUGAUAAGGCGUGUGCUCUUUAUCGAUGAACAAUGGGGAAAAGGCAUACUUCAACCACGCCUGAACACUGACUUUGAUUUAACCCUGGACAACACACCACUCUUGCAAUCCAUCUUACAGCUGGACUUUGUGCAGAUGAAAGUUCCCUCUCCAGUGCCAUCAGCCCCAAUCCUGCAAUUGGAGGAAUGUGGUACGCGCAACAACAGUGCUACAUUGUCCUGGAAACAACCAUCACUUUCAUUAGUUCAAGUGGAGGGCUACAUUCUGGAGCUGGAUGAUGGAAUUGGUGGCCAAUUUAGAGAGGUCUAUGUUGGAAAAGAAACAAUGUGCACUGUUGAUGGUCUACAUUUCAACAGUACAUACAGCUCCCGAGUGAAAGCUUUCAACAAGGCAGGAGUUGGUCCAUACAGCAAGACACUUGUACUGCAGACUUCAGAGGUUGCCUGGUUUGCUUUUGAUUCAGGUUCAGCUCACCCUGACAUUCUGUUCUCUAAUGGCAACCUCACUGUUACCUGCAACAGCUAUGAUGACAGGGUAGUACUAGGAAACACCGGAUUUUCCAGAGGUAUCCAUUAUUGGGAGCUGAAUAUUGACCGCUACGACAAUCAUCCUGACCCUGCUUUUGGUGUGGCUCGUUUAGAUGUCUUGAAAGAUGUCAUGUUAGGAAAGGAUGAUAAGGCCUGGGCAAUGUAUGUUGAUAAUAACCGAAGCUGGUUUAUGCAUUACAACUCUCACACUAACAGAACUGAGGGAGGCAUUGCCAAAGGAGUCACAGUUGGAGUGUUGCUGGACUUCAACAAACGAACACUUACCUUUUCCAUUAACGAUGAACUACAGGGACCGGUUGCCUUUGAAGGCUUGGAAGGCCUCUUUUUCCCAGCAGUAAGCCUGAAUAGAAACGUGCAGGUAACACUCCACACUGGUUUGAAAAUUCCUCACUAUGGUGCUGCUGUUGCUAAUAAUGCAACAAGAGACCAAUGCACAUCCUAAUUCUGGCCAUUAUGCAAAAACUUGCUUGGGACCCAAGUGACAGCAAUACUGUACACUGCUAAGAUUCUUAAAGGAUUCAACAUCUCUUGAUACAAGUUUGUUAGUUGGUGCUUAAUGACUGGAGGAAAACCAAAAAUAGUUAACUACACUACAGUUGUGACGUACAUGAUUAUUACCAGAACAUGUGGUUACUUUGACGCUUUGUGUGCUAACUAAAAUUGUAAAAGCUUUGAUGAAGCCUAAAGUAAUAUAAUGUCUUUUUUUUUGUGCUGCUUUAAUUGCUGUGCACAAAUUUAGCUACUAUCAUUAAUUAGAAUGAAAAAGAACAAUGCCGUGCAAUGCAAUUGUUGAAAGUGCUGUAUUUGCAAGCAGUUACGUUGCAAGGUAUUCACAGUUGCUAUUAACCUUCAGGAUUUAUCCUGCCCUGUUGCCUUUGAAUAGAUAUAUAACACCAUUCCAAAACAGUUGUUUGAAUUAUCAAUGGGCAAUCUGUCUACUGCCAUUCAAAUUCCUGCUCAGAUUGCAAUGUUAAGUGCUUCAGGUGCCCAAUUAUCAGGAAAUUCUCACAGAUUUUAUUAUAUUGGAUAUUGAGCACUAACUUUUAAAAAUAGUCUUAUAUAUUCCAAUAUCAAACCUAGUGGGAUCAUUACAUCAAUGAAUGUGAAUAUACAGUUUGUAAAACAUUGGCCAAUAAUUGGUUUAUAUUUGGAUUAUUCCGUGAAUGAACUUCAAAUUUUAGUACACACGUUCUCAAGUAAAUGGGAACAUUGACAAUCGCAUUAUUAGGCUGGGCAGAUAAAAGAAAAUCAGAAUUGGUUUAAGGUGUUUUUAGGAAGUACAAUUCUUCAAAAAUCUGUUUUUUUAAUAAACUAAAAUGCUUUGGCUAGUGGGUGAAACGUGUAGUUUUUCUCCCAUAAUUUCUAUUGUGCUGUAGCCUGAAUAUGGUCUUUGGCUAGUGAAUGAGGAUAAGUCUUGAUUAACAAAAUACAUAUCCAUUACAAAUGGGAUACAUUUAUUAUUAUGCAAGGCGAUAAGCAUGAUCAUAGAAUCAUUAUCACACUGUCGGUCUUAUUGGUUUAUGCUGGCUUUGAAAGAGAUCCAGUUUUCCCAAUCCACUGGUAUUUUCCCACACUUUUCCCAAGUAUGUACCCAAUACAUUUUUGAAAAUCACUACUAUUUUUGGAAGUAUUUCUCCUUAUCUUUCCAUGUUUUAAAUAGAACAUUGGUACUUCCUUACAAUAUGAACAUGAUUCAAGUCGCAUGCUAUUGCUUUUUUUUAUAUACCUUUCUUGUCACCUUCAAGGGCUUCUUCACAAAUGCCAUAGCUGAAGCCAAAAAAGUGGUUGAUAAGAGUAGUAAACUGCUUUUAUUAUUCUGUACCUUUGUUAUAAGGCAAGCAAUACUGCUUGUUUUGAUAUUUUAUCAUCUUAUUCUGGUGCCUUUAUAGACGUAUGUAUAAACGGCCAAGACUCAUUGUUCCUGGAUUAUAUUUAACAUUGUGAGAGUUAAGUUUGCCUCUAAUUCUACAAUCCAAACGUUUUUACUUUCCAUGACUCUGCAUUAAAUUUUAAAUUUCACCAUCGCAGAAACAUGUUCUGCUUUUCUUAAGUUCUCUCAGCUUCGUUAAUCAAGUUUUCAAUCCUAUUCUGGAAGUUAUUUAUCACUGGGAUUUUCUACCUUUUAAAAUGAUUUAAUAGAUAUCUAAGUAUGUAUACAUUAAUUAUUUAAAAGUACAAGCCUAGAAAUGUAUUUUUCACUGGUAGUGCUAUAACAGAGCACAUGGCCCCCACUCCAUUUCCAAAAUUUGGUUCCAAUUACAGACAUACGGGAGGACAUGUAGUUUUUAGGUUCCAUUGGAACGGAAUUUUGGAAGUUGACUGAUUUAUACACAUUGUAGUGUUAGAUUACUUGACAUUUCUUCCCAUUACCGUACCCUCAUGUACAGAAAUUUAAUGUAUUUCGAUUUUCAUUCAUUCAAAUAAUUUAAAUCUCAGGUCAGGUCAAGCUUCAGCAUGGUCAUUCUCCUACUUAAGUUUACAGUAUUAAAACACCUAUUUUGGCUACAGUGGAACAGAACUUUCAAAGCUGACUAAAUUGUGCAGCUCCUCCAGCAUGUACUUAGUACAACAAAGCAUAAAAAUUGUUACGUAUUAAAAGUGCUGGCUGAUUGGCACUCAAAUUGUUUUCAGAAAACAAACUGUUUAGCAACUCAUCUGCUCAGGAAAGUACAAAUUCUUAAAAUUAUUAAGCAAUUCAAACAUGAAUAUAAAACUGAUUGGUAAUCCAAACAACCAGGCAUUAUUUUAAAAGGACAAUGCAACACUGUUUAACCUUCAGAACCUUAAUUUUGAUUCUAAAUAAGGUCUUGUAUCGAAGUGCUGAUAACAUAUGCAUGCUGCAUGUUAGAAUUGUAAACAGCUAGUUAUCCAUUUAGAAGGAUUUCCAGACCAUCGCAACAACGGCGUGAAAAGUUCAGUUGCUAAAAUCCUUUUGUGCCAAUCGCGUCAAACAGGAAUUUAGAUGAAGGGGUUGUAGCUUCAAAAAGAGCAGUAAUUAAAAGGAAAAAGAAAAC